CAGCUGCCCCAGAGGCAAAGCGGAGCGGCGCAGAGGGGCAGCGAGCCGUGCGGGGCGAGUCCCUAUCUCGCAGUGACAGUGCAGCCCCACGGCUGCCACGCCUGCUGCUCCGUUUCACCCCACUGAGCAACCCCCGACGGCAACGCCAUGUGAGUGGGACGCUCGCCACCGCCUUAGUAGGCACGUCCGGGAUGUGAGGAGCCUCCUGGGUGCCUGCACCCUGCCGCCGCCCGGCCGCUUCGAGGGUCAGAAAGUUGCUGGCUUCCAGCCCUACCCUGCGCCGGCAUGACCGAGGUGAAGGCCAAGGAGCCCAGACCGCCUCCGCCUGCCAGAGACGGGGCGGUCCUCCUGCAGGGCCAGCCAGGCCGAGACCCCUUCCGUAGGGAAGCUGAGGCCAUCGACAUCUCUUUGGACGGGCUGCUCUACCCCAAAAGCAGCGACGAGGAGGUGGACGAGGAGGAGGAAGAGGAGGAGGAGGAAGAGCCACAUCAGCAGCAACAGCUUGCGGAGGAGGAGGACCGGGACUCCCUUCCGUACCGACCGGGGUGCGGCUCCCUCUCGGACAAGGACUCUCUGGACACCGUCCUGGACACCUUCUUGGCGCCCGCAGGUCAUGCCACCUCCUCUGUGGCUGCGGCGCCUUGGUCCUUCUUCGGGGCGGAGACCACGGAGCCGCCCGACGCCCCGAUGAGCCGCGGCCCCUCUCUGAAGAUGGGCGAGGCCGCCCAGGGUGCGCCUGGUACCUCGCAGCCUCCACCACGGCCCGCCCUGCUCUGGCCGUCUGGCGACACCUUGACCACGGCCGCUAAACCGCGGCCAGCAGGGCCGGGGAGCGGCGCAGAGGGUCCCACCACGACCCCCAAGGGCGAAACUCCAGGGUUGGCGGAGCUGCCCGGCGGUGGGGGCCGGCCGGGGCCGGGACCAGGGGAGCCGGGACAGGAGUACCUACAUGUGCCCCUGCUGCCGCUCAACUCUGCCUACCUGGCCUCGCGUACCCGGCAGCUGCUGGACGUGGCGGAGUACGAAGGCAGCAGCCCCGUCGCGGGGCCACGCUCCUCGCCCCUGGCCCCGGACCUGGCGGGCUACGUUUACCCGCCGGCGGACGCCAAGGAGGGACACUUCGCCUACGGCGACUUCCAGCCCAGUCUGAAGAUCAAGGAGGAGGGUCUCAGCCUCGCCACCCCAUAUCCGGGCGGCAGAGCCACCGCCGCGACCGGCACUGUCGACUUCCCGCAACCCCCGCGGGCCGGGCAGGAGCCCUCGCUGGAGUGUGUCCUCUACAAGACGGAGCCUACCCUCCUGGCUGGGGCUUAUGGAUCAGCGGCGGCGCCUCCUGACAGCCUGCCCUCCACCUCGGCAGCGCCACCGGGCCUCUACCCGCCCUUGGGUCUCAACGGGCACCAGCCACUGGGCUUCCCAGCGGCGGUGUUGAAGGAGGGCUUGCCCCAGCUGUGCCCACCCUACCUCGGCUACGUUCGGCCAGAUACAGAAACCAGCCAAAGUUCUCAGUACAGUUUUGAAUCGCUGCCCCAGAAGAUUUGUCUCAUCUGCGGAGAUGAGGCUUCUGGUUGCCACUAUGGAGUACUUACCUGUGGAAGUUGUAAAGUCUUCUUUAAAAGGGCAAUGGAAGGGCAGCACAACUAUUUAUGUGCUGGAAGAAAUGACUGCAUAGUUGAUAAAAUUCGCAGGAAGAACUGUCCAGCUUGUCGCUUGAGGAAGUGCUGUCAAGCCGGCAUGGUCCUGGGAGGUCGAAAAUUUAAAAAGCUUAACAAAAUUAAGGUUGUGAGGACAUUAGAUGUCGCACUCCAGCAGCCAGCAGCCCUGCAAGAUGAAACUCAGUCUCUAACCCAGAGGCUGUCCUUUUCUCCAAAUCAAGAAAUACAGUUUGUUCCCCCAAUGAUAAGUGUUUUACGAGGCAUCGAGCCAGAAGUUGUCUACGCUGGUUAUGACAAUACAAAACCCGAAACACCGAGUUCGUUGCUGACCAGUCUAAAUCACCUUUGUGAGAGGCAACUUCUUUGUGUAGUCAAAUGGUCUAAAUUGCUACCAGGAUUCCGGAAUUUACAUAUCGAUGAUCAGAUAACCCUCAUCCAGUACUCCUGGAUGAGUCUAAUGGUAUUUGCUAUGGGCUGGAGAUCAUACAAACAUGUCAGUGGUCAGAUGUUGUAUUUUGCACCAGAUCUGAUUCUAAAUGAACAGAGGAUGAAGGAAUCAUCAUUCUAUUCCCUGUGUCUGUCCAUGUGGCAACUCCCACAGGAAUUUGUCAGACUCCAAGUUAGCCAAGAAGAGUUCCUGUGUAUGAAAGCACUGUUACUUCUCAACACAAUUCCUUUGGAAGGUCUCAGAAGUCAAAGCCAAUUUGAUGAGAUGAGAACGAGCUACAUUAGAGAACUGGUGAAGGCAAUUGGUUUGCGCCAGAAAGGUGUUGUGGCCAAUUCACAACGUUUCUAUCAACUUACAAAACUGAUGGAUUCCAUGCACGAUCUAGUGAAACAGCUCCAUCUCUUCUGUCUGAACACAUUUCUCCAGUCCCGUGCACUGAGUGUUGAAUUCCCUGAGAUGAUGUCAGAGGUGAUUGCUGCCCAGCUACCCAAGAUUCUGGCAGGGAUGGUGAAACCUCUCCUCUUUCACAAAAAGUGAAAUGUCAUUUCUCUUAUCAUAGAGAUGAUUUCUGGGUCAUUCUUUUUGUUUGUUUGUUUAUUUUGGUCAAGAUUUUGCAAUGUCAAGACUUCAGUAUAUUUGUCAUACUUGCCCUGCCUGCUGCUUUAUACUUGUAACAUACACAAGCCAUUUAAGCUUGGUGUACAUAUUGUGAGUUCCUGAUUCCUUAGCUGCAAAAAAAAUCACAAUAGUCAUAAGAAAUGUUUUGGAGACUCAGCUAGGCUGCUUUUUAGGUACGCAUAAGAAUGACAGUGGAUGGAGUUUUCAGAUUCUAAGACCAGUUAUACAUUUUUCUUGCAUAUUACAUGCUCUGAUAUGACAUGGUGUAAACUUUUUACGUCAGUACGUUGUGUGCAUGGAUACCUGUGGGCGUGUGUGUAACACAAGAUUUUUGAGGAAUUAAAAUAAAUAUUGCCCACUUUUUCUCAUGGAUAUUUUACUUUUUAUUAACUCAUCUGCCUCACAGAAAUAUCCUUUCAAAGUCAGCUGUCUAGAAUGAAGUAGAUGUCACUGCAAUACCUUCCUGAGUAAUGGAAGUGCUAGCCACUAAAUAUGCAUUCAUACUUGCGCCUGUGCUCAUACUGCAUUGAAAAUCUUGAGUUGAGCCUCCUGUUCCCUGCACUCUUUGGGGCAGCUCUCCUUCUGAAGUGGGAAAGCUUAGGAAAAUGUCAGUGUACAUUACACCAUCAGAAAUGUGCAUGCAGACCUACACAGCUUUGUUUUUUCUUAUUUUCCUUAAAAGUCCAGCAAUUAUGAAAGCUAAACCACUUAGCUACUUUAGUCAACUUUAAAGUUCUGUAUUUCAGAGGCUUUAAAUAGAGAUGUUUUCAUUGACUGCAGCUCUUACUAAUCUGAACUCUUUCAAUUCCAAUGCUGAAUACUCAAAUAGCCAUUAACAUCAAAUUGUAGUGAGAUUAACUGCAAAAAGAAAUGGAAAAUAUGACUACAGACAUUUUGAUACACAACAAGCUCAUUUCAGUACUAUUUGGUGGAACUGCAUAUUUUAUACUUUAAAGGCUUGCCAUUAUGAUUGGGGUAACUAUAACAGAGGAAUUGGACUAAAUUAGCUUUAUACAUCUAAGAAGACUGAAAAAUUGUAAUGAUGUUUGUUCAUCUGAUAUGGAUAUGAAGCAACUCAUGCACUUAAGGCAGUAAACUGUUGAUAUAUUCAAACCACAGAGAACUGGAUGGAGCCUGUGAGGAAUGUAUUAAAAUGCAACAGGUUUUGACAGUCGCUAAAAACGAUCUUCAGAUUCUCUAGCAACGUAGCAAAUGGUUCUUUGUGGGGUACUUGUUGGCCAUAUGCUUUUUGUAUCUGUUACAUGUGGUAUGCAUCCAUCAUCACAUGCUCUAUGCAUCUAUCAUUACAUGUUGUAUGCAUCCAUCACAUGUAUGCAUCCAUCAUCACAUGUUGUAUACAUCCAUCAGUCACAUGCUAGCACACUGUUGAUGGUGUGUGUAGCUUGGUCUGUAUAGAUAUCCUCGUCAUGUGCACAAAUGCCUAUAGGACAUAACUUCAGUAGCCCCCUCAGGAAAAGUUACUUGUUCAUAAAAAAAUAUGUCCUGAUUCUUGGAAAAAAAAAACGUGGACAGCUUGUAAACUAAAGGCAACUAGUUAUCAUUUCACAAAGCCAAUCAAGGAGAAGCUGCAUUACAAACGGGGAUAAAAACGUUUCUGAGAUUCCCACUUAGUCAUGCAAACAAGCUGGAGCAAAGAUGUGGCCCUGGGUGAAACGGUGUGAUCAGACUUCUGUGUUAGUUGGUUAGGUUUGUAAUUGCUGACUGCCCAGAGACAAUUUCUUUGGUAUUCAGUACAGUCUGACUUUUAACUGUGAUCCUUAAAGCAAUCAUGUUUUAAUAAAUAGCACAAAAUUCUGUAUUUCUACAUAUCAAAGUUUUGUUCUCAUUACUUGUCUUUGUAUUUGCAUUCAGUAAUUGUGGAGCUUAGUAAAAGAAGUCCAUUUCAACCAUUCCACUUCUGUGUAACAGCAAAUAUUUUCAUGCAUUCUUUGGGAACUUAAUCGUUGCCAUAUGAUUUACCAUUGAAUAAACAGAAUGUCUGUGUCACUGUUUAGAUGAAGAUGCUAAUAGAAAGUUCCCACACUAAAAACUACGAGUUCUAAUUCUGAAAUUAGAAAAUAGAGCAGACAGUAUCUUAGGAAUGCUGUAAUCAGCCUACAUCUGCCUUUUACUCAGUCCCUAGAAUUUGUUAGUAGCUGCCAUGUCCCAUAAAUAUGGCAGAUUGGUCUGACACGCUCUAUGUUUUUCUCAAAGGCAUCAGCAAAACUGAAGAAAAAAAAAUCUUUUGAGAACAGAGAGCAAAAGUUUAAAGUCAUUUCCAAAUUGUAUUUCUUAAAGGUUUCUAGCAGAAAUAAAAAUCCCCAGAGCUUCAUGGCCACGAUAAAUGCACUACAGAAGACAGUAAAAGUUUGGCUAAGUGUGGCUGCUGUAUGAAUUUAAAAGUCUGGUGUUCAUGAUGUGAUUGAAGUUCCAUUUUGACACCACCAUUUGCUCUGGAUUACACUGAUAGAAUGAACACUGAUCAAAAUACUUGAUUGCUUCCUGACCUAUAGAAACCGCAGGUACUGUGACUUUUCAACACUGUGGCAAUGUCCAGAGAGCCACCAGCAAGCUAGCUUUGCUCUUUGUGUUUUUAGAGACUACAAGGCUUUCUACUUGUCUGAAUUGAUUUGUAUUCAUAUUUGCUUAAAGAUUGAGGAGGUUUUCUGUUUGGUUUUGUUUGGUUUUGUUUUUUAUCUGAACUUUACAAGUAAGUCCAAAUAAAACAGGUGUUAGUGCUUCUCAACACACUGAACAAAGCAUAACAACAUUGGAGCUUCUUAUGUUGUAUUUUGCACACUGGAAGUAGGAGGUUUUGGCAGGUGGGCGUUUUUAGUUUCUGAUGUUUAUGAUGUGCCUGCUUAGACUUGAAAGAUAUGAGAGCUGUUGUCCUAAUCAGAAAGCUUACAAUAGUCUGUAGAUUUCAGACAUGACUUUUUGACUGAGCUGUCAUAAACAGUUCUUCAUUUUACACUGAGUAGUGUGAGCUAUGCCUGAAGCUAAGCCUCUCCUGUUAUGUGCAGUUUAGGUAUUUUUGACCCAAGGCCUUUAACAUUGCCUUGUGCUAGUACUUCAGUGAAGCAAACCAACCAACUUCUGAAGUCAGCUGUUGCCUUUGAGCUCUGCUGUCCUUAGUCAAGUCUUUGUAGAGACAUCACAUAGAUAGUUUUUGAAGAAUGUUUUGGAGCUUAAGUGCCUGGAUGUGGCUGCCUAGCUGAGUUGGGAGAGCUGUGACAAUGCAGUGCAAAGGGACACCUCUAGUCCUGGCAAGCUGUCUUGCUCUUUCACACCAAGUUGCUUUGCAGUUGUACCCGCUCUGCUUGAAUAAACAUGCAAGAUUAAA